AUGGGAAAAAUCCAUUACAGUCAAGAGCCGGAUAAUCCUACAAAAUCUUGCAAGGCCAGGGGCUCGGAUUUACGUGUUCAUUUCAAGAAUACCCGGGAGACUGCACAGGCAAUCAAAAAGAUGCCGCUGAAACGCGCGAUCAGGUAUCUGAAGAACGUGAUUGACAAGAAGGAAAUCGUUCCUUUCCGGCGGUACUGUGGUGGCGUAGGACACAAGGCCCAGGCAAAAGCUUGGAAGCACACCCAGGGAAGAUGGCCGAAAAAGUCCGCUCAAUUUCUAUUACAGCUGCUGCGAAACGCGGAAAGCAAUGCCGAGUUCAAAGGACUGGAUACCGACCGAGUAAUUAUUGAUCACAUACAAGUGCAGAGGGCACCGAAGAUGCGCCGUAGAACGUAUCGAGCUCACGGAAGAAUCAAUCCUUAUAUGUCGUCUCCAUGUCACAUAGAGGUAAUCUUGACAGAGAAAGAAGACAUCGUUACAAAACCAUCAGACGAUGAAGCGUCGAAAAAGAAAAAGAAAGAGAGCAAAAAGAAACAGAAGCGACAAUUGGCUCGUGGUGAUUUCUCUAUAUAA